UGUAGCACAAGGAGUGUGGAGCUCUCCCUGUCUCUCCCAGACUCGUAGCUCUCCAGUCUGCUCGCAAUGCAAUGGGAUCCUACAGUACAGUUUGAAAGAGACUGACUUAUCUUCAGGAGCCAGAGGGAAUAGCAGGGUGUCUCUCCAGGUACCAGGGCAUCUAAACAACAGCAAGGUAAAGUGGUGUCUUGAGAAGGUGCAGUGAAUUCUGUUGUUUGCUCUGCCCAAGAGGUCAAUCCGAACAAGGCGACACAGAACUGACGAAAGCAAACGAAGAGCGCCUGGAUCAUCAACGUUGUGUUAGGAGGAACUGUGGGAGCAAUCCAAACAAGUAACCAGAGACAUUUCCAUUUCAGAACACUGUGAGGCGGGACAGCAGAAAGAAAGUGAAUCACAGUUCCAGAGUUGGUACAGGACACUCGAGCAAAGAUAAAAACAAUGGUGGCAACUGAAGACUCAAAUUGACAGCUGAAAUUGAUGUAGAGAUAAUCGUGUGCUGGCACUAGGGAGUGAAGGUUGUCAAUGUGUUUAGAAGACAUAAGCCUAGACUGUUGUAACUUCUAGUGUCCACACUGACUGAAUUCACUGAGCAGUGAUUGCACUAUAGAAGCAAAGGCAGAACCAGCCGAUCUCUUCUUCUGUUUGUGACGCAUCAUCACUAGGAUGACUCCUCUAAUGGUGGUGUACCCAUUUUCACUGAUACCCCGUGUGAGCAAAGAGCAGGUCUGCUAGUGCUCACAAACUAUAAAGCACCUUCUCUUUCUCAAAAGGAGUGUAUUCUUCAGAUGCAAGCCCUUCUGGCUUUCGACUACAAAAUACAAAAUCCUUACUGGGUCCACACUACGUGAAAUAACUGCAAAUUGUUGAGUCUGCUGAGAAGAAUAUUCAGACCAUAUUCAGACAUUCACUUCUAAGGUGUCUUCUUUUCUAUUCCUAACCUGGGUCAUAUCAUGGGUGGAAUACAGUGAACCCACUUUUUUUUAAUUGCAUCCGUGGUUUAUUUGUUUUCCUGGAAUAGCAUUAGAAGCUACUCAACCAACAGAACUGGCUUUGUUCCACCUGCCUGGAAAUCACAAUACACCUACAUAGGGGCUCCUUAUGGUUUAGAUCACACGAUAAUCCCGGAGUGGAUUUUGGUUUCUAUUCCUUCACGUAGAUUAUAGAUCUUCAUUUUGGAUCUGAACAGAUGUGUAAUAUUUGUCCAUCUCAAUAACUAUUGUACUUAUGAAUUCAAGAUGCAAAAUACUACUGGAGACAAGAUCCUCAAGGACUGUGAAAGACCUCCCUUCAUUGUUUGUGUAUUCCACACAUGCUUCAGUAUGAACAUCACCUUUUCUAUGGAUAUUUUUAACACUAAUUUCCACUAAUUAUUGGUGAUUACAAGUGAUUACCAGUGAUUAAAUGUGAUUAACGAUAAUUAAUGGUAAUUAACGGAUAACUGACACUGAAGGAAAUAUAAAUGAUUUACUCCCCCCUAACAAACAGAACACCACAAAACAUUGAGCACAGAUGAAGGCAAUAGAAAAAACAUUUGUCUUGACUUUCUUAUAAUCUUUACCUCAGUGAAAGAAAGGGUCUUUUAAACUAUUUGGGUUUAAAAAGUUUGGGGACUGUGUUGUAGAUCUGGUUUUAGCUUGACUAGGUCCAGGAAGUUAAAUUGACCACUUUCUCUCCCAUUAAGUGCUGGACUCAAUGUAGGUUUGGGAAGAGGUUUAGUGAUGGCUCUACCUGGGAGGUUGGGGACUGAAGCCCUGCUGCUGCUGCUACUGGCGCUCCAACUGCACUUCGGCCUAGUCGUCUCUAUGGUAACAAAGACCAGUUUGGCUCAGGACAGGCCAGAAGAAGGCGAGUCGAUGUCUCACGAACGCGUGAAGCGAGGCUGGGUGUGGAACCAGUUCUUCGUUGUGGAGGAAUACACAGGGACGGAACCUCUCUACGUAGGAAAGAUUCACUCGGAUUCUGACGAGGGAGAUGGCUCAAUCAAGUACACAAUCUCGGGGGAAGGCGCUGGCACCAUUUUCAUCAUUGAUGAGAUUACGGGGGAUAUUCAUGCCACAGAGCGAUUGGACCGUGAAGAGAAGACCUUCUACACACUGCGUGCCCAGGCCAGGGACCGGCUCACUGACCGCCCGCUUGAACCCGAGUCAGAGUUCAUCAUCAAGGUCCAGGACAUCAAUGACAGUGAGCCCAAAUUCCUGGAGGGGCCUUACAUUGGGAGUGUUCCAGAGCUGUCACCCAUCGGGACAUCAGUGAUGAAGGUAACCGCCUCCGAUGCAGAUGAUCCCACAUACGGGAGCAGCGCACGGGUCAUAUACAGCGUACUAGAGGAAGAGAAGAUCUUCACUGUGGACAGCAAGACCGGGAUCAUUCGCACGGCUGUGGCUGAACUGGACCGAGAGACGCAGGAUCGCUACGAGCUGGUCAUCAAAGCAACUGACAUGGCGGGGCAGAUGGGCGGGCUCUCGGGAUCCACCACCGUUACCAUAGUGAUCACCGACGUCAACGACAGCCCCCCACGCUUCCCACAGAAGAUGUACCAGUUCUCUGUGUCCGAGUCUGCAGCAGUGGGUACCCCAGUUGGCAGGGUGAAGGCGGAGGACGCUGACAUGGGCGAGAACACGGAUAUGAGCUACCUGAUUAAAGACGAGGAGGGGGCCGAGCUGUUCAGAGUCAGCACUGAUGGGGACUCCCAAGAGGCUAUCAUCACUGUCAGAAAGCCCCUGGACUAUGAGAACAAGCGAACGCACAAUGUGGUGGUGGAGGCAGUAAAUAAGCACGUGGACCCUCGCUUUGUAGACCUGGGGUCAUUCAGAGACCAGACCAUCGUGAGGGUUAGCGUGACGGACUGGGAUGAGCCCCCACAGUUCCGGCCACCUGCCGCGGUGCUGGAGGUGCAGGAGGAUGCGAGGCUGGGGGCUCUGGUGGGGGUCGUGAAUGCAGUGGACCCUGACCUGGACAAUGCUCCUGUGAGGUACUCUAUAGACCAGGGCACAGACCUGGAGAACAUAUUUAACAUUGACUCCAUCACUGGUGCCCUCACCCUGGGCAAGAUCCUGGACCGGGAGACAGCAGGCUGGCACAACAUCACUGUACAGGCUGUGGAAGCAGAUAACCCCUCUCAAGUGUCCAAGACGUCUGUCAGCAUCCGAAUCCUUGAUGUUAAUGACAACCCACCCGAGCUGGCAGCUCCUAACGAAGCGUCUAUCUGUGAGGAUGCGAAACCUGGCCAGCUCAUCCAUACUAUCAGUGUAGUAGACAGAGAUGAACCGCAGACUGGGCAUCGAUUCUACUUCACUCUCGCACCUGAGGCAGCCAACAACCGACACUUUAAGCUGUGGGAUGUCAAGGACAACACAGCGGGAAUCCAAACCCAGCGGGCAGGCUUCAACCGGCAGGAGCAGAACGUCUACCUGCUGCCCAUCCUGGUGGUGGACAGCGGCCCCCCCGCCCUGAGCAGCACUGGGACGCUGACCAUCCGAGUGUGUGGCUGUGACACCGACGGGACCAUCCAGACCUGCAACACCACGGCCUACGUGAUGUCAGCGGCGCUGAGCCCCGGCGCACUCAUCGCUCUGCUGGUCUGCAUGCUCAUACUCAUCGUGCUGGUGUUGUUGAUCCUAGCUCUGAAGCGACACCGGAAAGGCCACCGGAUGUCAGAGGAUGAGGAGGACAUGCGCGACAACGUGAUCAAAUACAAUGACGAGGGUGGCGGCGAGCAAGACACCCAGGCUUACGACAUGAGUGCCCUGCGCAGCCUCUACGACUUCCCCGAAGUCAAGGGGGGCGACUCGGGGCCUGAUCUUCACUCCCUGCCCCAGUGGAUACAGGACCAGAGCCAGGGCGACCCGAACGACUCGGCCACAGCGUCAGAUUUCUCCAUCUUCCGGAGCUACAUCUGCAAGAAGGUGGAGCAGGCAGACACAGAUCUCUCCGUCCCACCAUACGAUUCCUUUCAAACGUAUGCCUUCGAGGGCUCCAGCUCACCAGCACUCUCCCUGAGCUCCAUCCACACUCUCUCCAACACAUCCGAGCAAGACUUUUCAUACCUAAGUGACUGGGGGCCGCGCUUUCGACAGCUUGCGGGGCUGUACAUAGUGGGGCAUAACGAGGAAGAAGGCUCCUAGCACCCUGCCCCCACUAAAAACAAGCUAAAAUAAUGAUAGAGUGAUACUAAACUUAAACACCCCCCACUCCGUCCUGGAAAACCCUUUUUGUUAUUAAAAUUGUUAUUAUUAUUGGAAUUUCUAUUCACAAGUUGCUGUUGUUCUUGUUAAUACAGCACUGGGUUGCAAAUGGCGGUCAAGCCCGUAAACCACAACAAAAGGAAAUUUUGCCCCAAGCAAUGAAGUUCAGAAGUAAGCCGGAUAUGGAUGAAGCUCAUCUGGAAGAAAUGACAAUUGACAUUUUUUUGUAAGUCACAAAAAUGAGUACUUUUGAUAAAAGACGCUGUUUAUCAUUUUUAUGAGCAUGCUCUCACUUUGGAAAAACAAACCUGGAAAAAAGAAUCUCACAACCGCCAAAUAUCCAAAAUGAGGAUAUAUGUAUUUAUUUAUGUAUUUAUUUAUGUAUUGUACAUGUUUUUCAAUUUUGAGGAGAACCUUGCCAUUAUUCUCAUUGUGACGCAACACUGGGAAUAAAACAACAAAAAACUAAAGAAAAUCUGUAAGACGAUACUGUGAAUAGGUAUGAAAAAAUCAUUCUUCUUUUGUACUUUAAAGACGAAAUUGAGUUAUUCACUAUAGUUUCUGUAACGAUUCUACUGGGAAAAUAGUUACUCUUAACAAAAAAAAAAGUAUUUUCAUUUUUUCAACCUGAAAUUGUGGUGAACUGAAGAACAAACAUUUUUUGUAAACGUCUUUUAAAAAAUAUAUAUUAUUAUUACAUGGCGAUACAAAUACAGCUGUUGCUGGCAGUUUAUGGACUUUAGGCUUCAAAAAAGGACAAGGUCACAGCAUUGCUUCAUUGUUGAAUAAGAAACUAAAGCUGCACUUCCUUGGCUAAUGCCUUUAUCAGAGCUGUAGGCUAAACAUCUGACUAUUUUACCACUUAGAGUUUUACCGAAGAACAAGCGGUCAGAUGUUCCUGUCAACACUUUUUUUGUCUUCAUUGCUAAGACUAUGAUAAGUCUUAACAUUUGAUAAAGGCAUUAGCCGAAAUGCGUGUCACAACUUGACUUGGUAUAAUCUUUAAUUUACUCCGAAUCAUGAAUGAGUGUUUGAAGUCAAUGUAUUCAUAUUUUUUGUUUGUUGUAGGAUUUAGAAAUCUUGAAGUCGUUUGAAAACAGAUACUGUUUCUUACAGAAGGGAAAAGGUUAUAUGGUAUAUUGCAGCAAUAACCAGAGAUACUGUGUGUGAAACGCACAGCAGCACCUUGUUUGAUAUAGAAUCAAUGUGUUUGUUUAUUGGGUCCUUCACACGACUGUUCCUGACUGACUUUGUUCCAACCACACCUGUGCCUCAUUGUAUUUUUUUUUUUUGUUCUCAUUCUUAUAGGCUGAUGGCAUUAUGAGAAUGUGAACCCCAGUACCGAUAUGAAUUACAUGUUGAUUUGAAGAUGUAUUUAAAAUAAAAUUAAGUUCAUACAUAUUUUAA